AUGGCGACGCAAUACGAAGUUGAGCACAACGUCGAGCUCUCGGAGCCCCGGCGCCCGACGCGACGCGUCGACAUGGCCCCCUUCUUCGCCCUGCUCAACAUGCUCAGCUCGCCGUCGGGCCGAGACUCCCCCCACAACAACCCGCACGCCACGCCCACGCCCGUCGACACGGCCGCCCUCUUCCGCCUGUUGCAGGACCAGCUGCACACGCUGCACAGCACCGCGCCCACCCCGGACAACCGCGCCUUUCUCGAGCAGCUCAUGGCCUCGCUCGACGACGAUAUCCACGACCCCCCCGCCCACCUCCGCGGCGUCAGCCAGGAGUUUGUCGACACCCUUGACCGCGUCGGCCGCAAGACGCUCGCCCGCGAUGAUGACUGCGCCAUCUGCAAGGUCCCCUACCUCGACGACGAGUGGUGCCUCGUCGUCGAGCUGCCCUGCAAGGGCCGCCAUCGCUUCGACCUCGAGUGCGUCGGGCCAUGGCUGCGCAGCAAGGGCACUUGUCCCAUGUGUCGCGAGGACAUGGGCUCUAGGAAACGCUCGCCCGUCCCCGCGGCUGCCGACGACGAGGAGGACGAUGCCGAUAUGAUGUAUGCCUAA